AUGGGAUUUUCCGACAAGACUCACAACCAGUUCGACGGCGAACACCGAGAAACAUCCGAAGGAAAGAAAUGGAUCAUCUCAGGCUCCUUACGUGCGCCGAUAGUGCCGAUAAGCAUCUCUUCCUCUGCCGUAGCUGACACGGAAGAUGAAGUUAAUCAAGAUCAGUAUCCGACGACUCCAACGGCGUCUUCUGUUAGAAUUCCGACGGUGCAGGUUUGUCCUCCGCCACCGAAGAAACGGAAACAGUCCUUGAAGUUUAGCUACGUCAGUGCUAGAGAGUUCUUCUCUCCACCGGAUCUCGAGACCGUCUUCUUACUGAGAGCUACUCAACUCUGAUUUUAAAUUCUAGCUACUAUCUCUCUCUCUCUAACCUUUUUGGUAAAAGAAAAUUUACUCUUAAGCGCUUUCUUCCUUGUUGUCAUUUUACACAAAAUAAAUUUUUAGG